CUCCGGUCACAGCUGCCGUCAGACAUGAGCGGACGAGUCGGAGACCUGAGCCCAAAGCAGGCCGAGUGCCUGGCACAGAUUUCCUGGUAACUCUGCAGGAGAUCGAUUUAAAGUCUGGAUUAUGAACUGGGGUCCUGUCCGGGAUGAACCCGGCCUUCAUGGGGUUGACUCCAGGAGCUCCCGUGACCUCACAAGCGUGAACAGAAGCUAGCUGGAUGUUUCAGGAGAAGAUCCAGGACAUCCUGCCCAGCCUCCCGGCGCAGCAUGACCACUACCUCCUCCGCUGGCUCCGAGCCCGAAACUUCAACAUUCAGAAAUCCGAGGCCAUGAUCAGAAAGCACGUGGAGUUCAGGAGGCAGAUGCGGCUGGACACCAUCGUGUCUGAGUGGAAGCCUCCUGAGGUCAUUCAGAAAUACGUUUCCGGAGGCAUGUCCGGCUACGACCGCGAGGGCAGUCCGGUCUGGUUCGACGUGAUCGGUCCUCUUGACCCCAAAGGUCUGCUGAUGUCGGCCAGCAAGCAGGACUACCAGAAGACCAAGAUCCAGCACGCUGAGAUGCUGCAGCAGGAGUGUCGCCGGCAGUCUGAGAAGCUGGGGAAGAACGUGGAGGCCAUCACGCUGAUCUACGACUGCGAAGGCCUCGGGCUGAAGCACAUCUGGAAACCUGCCAUCGAGACGUACGGAGAGAUCCUCACCAUGUUUGAGGAGAACUACCCUGAAGGUCUGAAGAAGGUCUUCAUCAUCAAAGCUCCUAAACUCUUCCCGGUGGCCUACAACCUCAUCAAGCACUUCAUGUGUGAAGAAACUCGCCGGAAGAUCGUCAUCCUGGGAAGUGAUUGGCAGGAGGAUCUGCGUAAACACAUCGCCCCGGACCAGCUUCCCGUGGUGUACGGAGGAACCCGGACCGACCCCGACGGAGACCCCCGCUGCAGAACCAUGAUCAACUACGGAGGAACCGUUCCAAAGUCUUACUACGUCCUGGACUCUCUGAAGAUCCAGUACGACUGCAGCGUGACCAUCAGCCGGGGCUCCAGCCUGCAGCUGGACUUCCACAUCCCAGCCACCAGCAGCCUGCUGAGGUGGCAGUUUGCCAGCGAGGGAGCGGACAUCGGGUUCGGCGUCUACAGGCGCACCACCGAGGGCGAGCGCCAGAAGCUCUCUGAGAUGCAGCAGGUUCUGCCCAGCCAACGCUACAACGCUCACAUGGUCCCUGAAAGCAGCUGCCUCAUCUGCUCGGAGCCCGGACUGUACGUGUUGUGUUUUGACAACAGCUACAGCGUCCUCCACUCUAAGAAGGUGAGCUACAGCGUGGAGGUGGUUCCUCCCCCAGAUGAACAGAGCCCACCCCCCCGAGGAGACGUUCUGCUGCAGUGACGAUGUUCAGCCUCUUGGAUCAAUAAUAAUUAUGAAAGUUAGAACAAUGACUAGUUUACCUCAUCAAUCACGUCAUGGACAAACUUUGUUAUGGGAGCUAAUAUUGUUAGCCCUUUAGCUCGCACAGACUUUACAACAAGAGCACUUCAAGAUGUUAACACAACAAAUCGUAGAAGAAACGUAACAAAGAAAGUAUUUAACAAAUGGCAACAGAUACAAAUUUGUGAUGUUUCAUUGAAGUUUCAUGAAGUUUUUGAAUUUUUCUCAUAAUUUUUCUAGUGAAGAUUUCAGAGAGUUCACACAGAAAUUCUCAGAACAGGGACACCUGGUGAUUGGUCAGUUUAUCACUUCAGUAACUGGAACUACAGAAAAAAAGGAAACAUAGAAGAUUAUCAAAAAGAUGUUAAAAAUGUAUCAGAGCCAGGAUGGUUAUUCUGACCGAUAGAAUGACAGUAAUAACUUUAUCUAUAGAAGUCUAUGGGAUUUUGGUUCUUGGAGCCACUUCCUGUUUUGAAACACCAGGGGGGCGGAGUCAGUCCGCUUCUUACCUAAACAGUUGAAAGAUUCUCAACUAAUUUGUAGUUUUGAGUCUAAAAGUUGAUGAUCGUCUCUGACGGCGAGGAGUUCAGUCACCGCCUGAACCAUCAACAUGACACGUUCCUGAAAGCGAACCUCCGCCUCCGUUCACUUCCUGAUGGAGGAGAAACGCUUUUAUCUUUUAAUCUUAUGACGUAAAUAAGUGAUAAUUUAAACAGAUCUGUUUAUUUUUGUAAGUUCUGAUGAAGGUUUGUGUUUCGAUUUUACCAACAGUAUUAGCAAACAGAUGAACUUUGACUUUUCUGACUGUAAUAAACUGCAGUUUCUUUAACUCCGCCCAGAAAAAUGUGUCUCUUCAAAAUAAAACUCACUGAUUCUCUGCUGAUUCCUGCAGAACUUUUGUUUCCGUUUUCCAGACACUCACCUGUUCAAAGCUCCUCACCAAAUGUGUGUUUGUGGUAAAUAUCUCAAGUUGUCGUCUUUUCUUUGUGUUUUUAUUUUUUUUUAUUUUUCUCGUGUUUGUUCAGUGUUUGUGAUGUUCCAGAACAUCUGUAAAUGUUCUCGGGUUCCUCUGACCCUGACGGAGUGUUUAUGGAAAACCGUUCUCUCUAAGAAUCUGAAACUGCCACGAAAUGUGCCAAAAGUUUUUUUUUUUUUUCAUCUUUUGAAGUUCUGUUUGGUUCUCCUGGUUUUUCUUCAUGAGUCUGAUGUUCUUGUCAAAGAUGUUCCUGCUGUUCUUGAAUGUUUCCUCUCAUGAAGUAAUUCUUUGGUAAAAAUCUUCUGGUUACAUUUAGUUUGUUAUAAUUGCUGUAAUAAAGCAGAAACUUUGA